UUCCUUCGUCGAACGCUCGGGCAGGUGCUGCCGAGCGGUGUUUUGUUGUGAAAGACAUCGCUGAAAUAGUACCACAACAACUAAAAAAAGUUAAAUAAGAAUACGCCGACAAAUAUCGUUUCUGAAAAUUGGAAACAAACAAACACAAUCGAACAAAAGAAGAAAGAGUGAUUACGGAGUUGAUUCUCAUUAGAAAGUAAAAAGAAGAACAAACAUCGAAAAAUGCAUUACCCCACAACGAACAUAAGGAGUCUGAUUGGCUGCUUAGCGAUACUCGCUGGAACAUCUUGGGCUGCGUAUGAGAGACCUUCAUACGUCCUGCCCUGCCGAAGAAAUGAUCCGGAAAUUAACAAAUGCAUUAAAAACUCAUUCAACUACAUCCGGCCGUAUAUCUCGGGCGGGCUGGAAGAGCUUAAAACUCCCCCUCUGGAGCCCCUUCGCAUUGAGGAGCUGGCGAUGGAGAACAAUGCCGGUGCGGUACGAAUCAAGGCUCUGUUCACCGAUAUUGUUGCCAACGGAGCUGGAAACUACACCAUCAAGGAUGUACGCAGCGAUGUCAAGAAGCUGCGAAUCGACAUGAGUCUGGGGAUUCCUCGCGUCGAAACCCGAGGCAAAUACGAGAUCAUCGGAAAUGUGCUGCUGCUCCCAGUUCGCUCGAAUGGCGAAUUCUGGACCGAGUUUUCCGACAUUAGCGCCAUUGCGAAAAUUUACGGAAAACCAACCGAACGCGAUGGUGAGAUGUUCAUGACCAUCGAUAAAAUGGUGGUCGACUUCACGAUGAAGAAUGCCCGUUUCAAGGUUAAGGAUAACAUAAACACCCAAAACGUGUUGGGAGAGGCUAUCAAUCAAUUUCUUAACCAGAACGCCAAUGAACUGAUCCAGGAGAUGAGACCCGCCGCAUCCCAGAGCAUUGCCAAACUGUUCCGCAAGUUCCUUAACGACGCCUUCAGCAACAUUCCGAUGCGGUUGUGGCUUUUGGAUGAUUAGAGCCAGUUUUUGAUUGAGAAUUCGUUUAGAUCGAGUGUCUGUGUGUGCAUGCAAAUGUAGUGGUAACGUUUUGUCUAUAGCAUAAGUGAUAUAUUAGUACUUAAGGUUCACGUUAACUUUUCGGUCAAAAACUGUUUUUAGUAAUCAAAGCGAAAUGCUUCAGCCGCUGAAGAGAGCAGAAUAACACGAACUAUUAUUUAUUGAAAGAUUUAGUAUCGAUGUAAAAUGUUGUUUUGUAGAUAAUUUGUAUUAUGUUCGCGCUUCGCAGACUGCGAACAAUCUUGCUAGAUUGUUGAAUAUGUGAGGUUCAACGGAAGAAUACAAAAACGUACAAAAAUCAAGAAGCGAUAAAUAAUCAUUUUGCGUUUAAGAUUAAUAUGAUUGUAAAUAUGUGCAAAGUACUGUAUUAUAUAACUUCAAAAUUAUGAUAAUAUAAAAUAGAAAUGACAGAUUUGAA